AUGGCAGAGGCCGAGGCGUUGUCGCAGAAAAAGCAGCAGCCGUUUCACCAGCAACAACUCGGAGCAGGCCCGAUGGCGAACAUGACGUGGCAAUAUGCGUCUCCGAACAACAUGCACAUGUUCCCUCCGUACGGCGGACACAUGUAUGGUCCUGGAUAUCAAGGUGUGCCACACCAAGGACAGAUGUUUAAUUAUUAUCACUCGAUGAUGCCAGGAUAUGGUCAGCCUUUUAAUCCACAGCAAAUGCAGCAGCAGCAACAACAGCAGCAGCAGCAGCAACAACAGCAGCAACAGCAGAGUAACAAUCAAACAAAACAACAGUUGCAUCAACAACCUCCCAUACCUGGAACCCCGAUAGCCCUAGAUGACGAUUCCGAUCUUCCCCCGUUGCCACCCGGUCCACCGCCGGCAAUUCAACCGACUCAGCAGCAGCAGAAUAAUCAUCCACAGCAGUCGAUGCCUUUCCAAGGAAUCAUGUACAACUCAUUCCCCUAUAACAAUUGGAAUAUGCACAACGAUACCUCUCAAUACAACGGGCAGAUACGUUUCAACUUGCCGAAUAAGAAAACCGGCCUCGGGUACACGCCGUCCGGCAAUAGUGGCGCCGCGAAGAAAAAGCGUAAGCGGAACAAAAAUUUAGCAGCUCAAUUCAACAAUAGCUUUCAGGGAAACAACGCGACAAACGGAUCUUUUAUACCGAUGCCUGUCGCGAAGCCGGCGGAACUGCCGCCUCUGCCGCCCGUGAAGUGCGAGGUGGUGGCGGCGCCACCGCCGCCUAGCGAGGAGCCGCCCGAUAGCAAAGCACCGUCCAAUACCACCGCUCCGACGGUACCCGCCAAAGUGACUCCCAGCGUCGGUAAACCGCCCGUCGCUACUCCUUCUGUAACAGUCGCCACUCCUAGCCCGGUCGGCGACUGGCCCGACAGUCUAAAAAACUACGUGAACCGAUGUUACGAGAAGUGUAAGACGUCGUUUGACAAGGAUCAGGUCGAGAUCAUAUUGAAGGGCAAGAUCACACGCGCUGCGAACGACGGCUCGCUCUGGGUGAAAGACUGGGACAAGGAACAACUGCCUCUUCUCCACAGCGAGAGUAUGACUCUGCAGAUCGCGAAGCCGCAGCUAAAGAUGCCGACUCCUGUGGGGAGCCCAUUGGUCCACUCACUAGUGAACGCACAGGGAGGCCUGCGCAAGCCCGGCCUUUCCAUCUCGCUCGGGGCUCGGCUUGGCGCGCGUCUCUCUGUGACGCACAGCAGGCGGUCGAGGUCGCGGUCGAGAUCUAGAUCGAGGUCGAGGUCAAGAUCCAAAUCGAGGUCGCGAUCCCGUUCGCGUUCUCGCUCACGUUCGCGCUCGCGCUCCAGGUCGACCCGUUCGCGAACACGUAGCCCGCCAGUUCGCCGGUACCGACGGAGCACGUCCUCCUCGUCGAAUCUUAGCGAUCGGGAACACGACUACAAGGCGUUGAAAAUGAAAAAGUCCGCGCGCAGCAAGGCCAAUCACGGCAGCAAGAAGACGAAGAAGACUAAGCAGGCUAAGUCACAUUUCUAUAGCGAGUUUGGUUUAACUACAGGCAACGCCGACGAGCUAGGCUCCAAGGAGAAGCUGCAGCAGCGCGCCGCCAGAUUUAACAACGGCUCCUCCCGGACGAUGAGCAGCAGUGUCAUUAGAGACGAUUCGGCGGACUUCGACUUCACUGGGCUCCACAUCGUCGGCACGUGCAAGGAUCUAGAGAAGCCUUACCUCCGUCUUACCUCGGCUCCAGCUCCUUCUGCAGUUCGACCGGUAAGUGUACUUCAAAAUUCUUUGGCCCAUGUCAAGAAACGUUGGCUAGCCGAGCAGGACUACAGAUACGCUUGCGAUCAACUGAAAUCCAUCCGGCAAGAUCUUACCGUCCAAGGUAUUAGGGAUGCAUUUACGGUACACGUGUAUGAAACACACGCCCGUGUAGCUUUAGAACGCGGCGAUCACGAGGAAUUCAAUCAAUGUCAAACGCAGCUGAAGAUGCUGUAUCAGGAUGUCGGCGGCGAGAACCGAUGCGAAUUCGUCGCGUAUCGAAUACUCUACUACAUCUUUACGAAGAAUACUCAAGAUUUAACAACAAUUUUAGCAGCCCUGAAACCAGAGGAUAAAGUCGACGAGUGCAUACAGCACGCAUUAAAAAUACGCUCGGCGUGGUGGCUAGGCAAUUUCCAUGCUUUCUUCAAAUUGUAUAGGAAGGCACCGCGCAUGUCCGCUUUCUUGAUGGACUGGUUUGUCGCAAGGGAGCGAAAAGUGGCGUUGAAAUUUAUGAUCAAAUCCUACAGGCAAAAUUUGGCGGUUCAUUUCGUCGUAGCGGAAUUGGCCUUUGAGUCUUCGGACAAGUUUUAUGAAUUUGUCGGUGAGUUCGGCUUGGUUUACGCCGAUCUCGCUCGACAGCUAAUCGACUGCAAGGCGAGCAGUGCUAAUCUAGUUGGUUGGUAGAUGUCUGCGCCGCUCUACUCUUCUACCUUUCCCCCCGUGUGACGGAAGAUUCACGUGUAACGCGAAAGAGAGAGAAUGAGAGAGAGAAAACGAGAAAGGGAGUCGCAUACUCGCAACACAUGCUCACGUAAAGCCCAAAAAAAAAAGAUAAAAAGAGGGGAAACCGAGAGAGCGCACUCCUCUUCGACGCAACAUGCGCACGCGCUUUAUGUGUAUAUGCAUAUGUUCUCCGACAUACGUGGGCACCGUGUACGGCGCAUAUGCAUAUAUAUAUGUGCCGCGCAGAUGAACGUAGAUAUGUACUUCGUUUCCGCUGGUACGCGCGGCGUUUCCAUCGAUUUCUCUCGCUCCCGGAGACCUCACGCGUGCCGAUUCCGCUUCGCAAACGAUCGUCAAAGAUCACGUCAACGUCCCAUGGCGCGCACGUCUCUCCCAUCGGCCGGGCGCCCGAAUGUGUCGGAACUUCGGCUACAGUUCCGGCUGCGAAUCCGAUCAAUUUGUACAUAACACACACUCCUUCGUUUGGGCUCCUACACGCGUCUUGUACAUAAUCGCAAGAGGAGCAGGCGAAUUUACUGCGUCAAGGGGGCUUCAGUUGUACAAAAAAAAGUAAUAAUAUCAGGAUGGACCGUUUCCGUUCAUCCGGCGCUACCUCAGUGAAAAGAAAGGUCCCUCCCGAAACACGAGAGCGGGGAAGUACUCGGUACGAUUGCGAGGAUCGGAUUUGCCAAUGACGAAGCGCACGGUGCUCGAGGAGCGAGAAACACAUUUCCCAUUUCGUUCUUCUCGGCUCGACCACCGGGUCGUCGUUUUCGAUUCUUUCCGGUCGCUCGUAGCGUCGCCAGCACGCACGCACGCUUUUACCGCCCAGGUGCAUGCACGGUCGAUUUUCCGAGUUUCUCUCGACCGUUUUUCACCCGGACCCAAGCAGUCUCGGAUCCCCGGGCCGAGCUUCAAGAGAUCAGAGGGAGGAUUAAAAGACAAGGGGCGGCCUCUUCUCUUACGGAAGAGGAGCAUGUUUCCAAGAGGACAUUUCCGUUUCUACGCAUUCGCACUCGAAUUAUGCGGGAAGGAGGAGAUCCCGCGAUGACUGCCCGUGAUGAUGCCGCUCGCACUCGUGGAAGGCGAAAGAAUCGAUAGGAUCUUGGUCGGCAUUGAUAGGAAUGAGUGGCCAAGUUUUUGGACGAAGUUCGAAGAAAUCUGUUGGAUUUUAGGGAGAAGCAGAAGGGGAAGAAGAGAGGGAGGAGGAAAUGGGAACUUCGGCAAGAUACCGUCGGCUCGUUUCGCGACACCGUCGACCCCCUCCCCUUGUGGACUUUUUAAUUCAAUUUCUACGUAGCGAGCAGGAGGCGUCGUGAGGGUCGACGGUAAUCGCGGAAGACCGAGAAUCGAGUGAAUGGCCGUCGUUGUCGCGCGCCUCAUGCGUGGUAUACAUGUCGUUAUCGUCAUCAUCAAUUCUCUCCCUACAUUGCCGAGUGAUCUAUCGUACAAUCUAUUGGUUCGGUUCGCGAACAGUAAACUCCACUCGCGAGACGACGACGCUCUCGAUGACGGAAAGUCGCUCGGUCUUUUUCCUCUUCUCGUUCCGAUUUCUCGAGCGACCGAGAGAGAAUGAAGGAGAGACGUCGUCGCUCUCGCUUCCGCCACGCGCCGUAGAACGCAUGCAUGAUUCUACUGCGUGUGAUCUUUACAGACUCGGCGGAACAGGGGAAGAUCGAUAUUGUACAAUACCUAUUGGGAUAUAAUAUGUUGUGCAUAAUAAAUUAUUUAAUUUUC